AUGGCUAACGAGAAAGUGAUGAAAACGCCUAUGCCAAGUACCGACAGUGUGAAAGUAGCGGUGCGAGUGCGACCUUUCAGUCAGAGAGAGAAGAAUUCUGGGAGCAAAUGUGUGAUUUCCAUGCACUCCAGAACCACAACCACCAUAGAAGACCCUAAGAAUCCAGGGCAUGUGAAGACAUUUACUUUUGACUCGGCAUAUUGGUCUCACGAUGGAUUUCAAAAGGACAAAGAUGGUGUGCUUAUUUCAGCUGAUCCUACUAGUAAAUUUGCAAGCCAGAGAGAUGUGUUCCAUGACAUCGGGAGGGGCAUCCUGGACAGUGCCUGGCAGGGCUACAACGCCACUCUCCUGGCCUACGGACAGACUGGCGCUGGAAAGAGCUACUCCAUGGUUGGCUUUGGUGCCGACAAGGGUGUUAUUCCAAGUGUGUGUGAAGAGCUCUUUGAGGCCAUUGAGAAGCAGGAGCGAAGUCAAGACUAUCAGGUCACAUUCAGUAUGCUGGAAAUUUACAAUGAACAGAUAAGAGAUUUGCUCUCUAGAACCAAGAAGCCUGGGGGGCUAAAAGUCAGGGAAGAUCAGAACAUGGGCUUUUACGUGGAAGGUCUGACAUCUGUGCCUUGUGAAAACUAUGCACAAAUUGAAAAGCUGAUGGAACAAGGAACAAGAAUCAGGACCACAGCUUCCACCAACAUGAACGCCAGCAGCAGCCGGUCCCACAUGGUCACCACCAUUCAGUUCAAGCAGGUUUUUCCAGACAGAGCUCUUACCAAACAAUCCAGCAUCAAUUUGGUGGAUCUAGCAGGCAGUGAAAGACAGAAAUCUUCAGGAUCUGAGGGAGACAGACUGAGGGAAGGAUCACGAGUUAACCUGAGUUUAACCAACUUAGGAAAUGUUAUCAGUGCUCUGGCUGACGCUGCCCUGAGGAAGAAAGUCCUGCACAUUCCCUACCGGGACUCUGUCCUGACCAAACUGCUCCAGUCAGCUCUGGGUGGGAACAGCAGAACUACUCUGAUCGCAGCCAUAAGUCCCGCUGACAUCUGCUAUGAGGAAACUUUAUCAACACUGAGAUAUGCUGAAAGGGCUAAAAAGGUCCGGAACAAAGCUGUUGUCAACACCUGCACACUGUCAAGAGAGUCAAGGGCAGAGAAUGACAAACUGCUGCUCAGAUGUGGAGACUCUGGAGUGGCAGGGCACCAGCUGGGGAGGCCUGCUGCCCAGAGCACUUGGGCACACCUGCUGGAACAGGCUCGGAGAGAAUGGGAGCAGCAGUAUGCAGCUGUGGCCCUGGAGCGGCAGCUGAUGAAGACCCUUCCUCACCUUGUCAAUGUAAAUGAGGACCCGCAGCUCUCUGGGGUCCUCAAGUACUUCAUUCGCGCUGGUACCUGUGAUGCUGGGCAGGCUGCUUCCAAUGCUAUCACUCUUCAGGGCCUGGGAAUUUCAGAUAAACAUGCUUCCUUCACGAAUUUGGAUGGUAAAGUGACGGUUACUCCAUACAGCAAAUGCAAGGUUGUCGUCAAUGGAGUGCCUAUCACCACCAGGACCAAGCUGCAUCAUCUGGACCGCAUCAUUUUGGGCUCCAGCAGCGCCUACCUCUACGUGGGGUUUCCUUCAGAGCGAAGCAGUGAGGACCUGAGCAGAUUUGACUAUGACUUUUUCCAGCUGGAGAGGGCGGCCGUGGAGGGAGUGAGUGUGGACAAGCUCGGUGCUGUGAGCAGUGGAGACGGCCAAGCAGACCCCAGUGUCCUGGCUGUAUUCCAGGACUACAUCAAACUCAGACCACUGGUUGCAGAAGCAAAUCAAAUGAGUGAAGAGCUAAAGAAGGGACUUGAAAUGGAAUUGAAGGUAAAGAAUUUAGCAUCAUCGGAUUCCAGGGGCUAUGACCUGCAAAAAGAAGUCAUGGUGAAGGUGACCAACCAAAGGACUCAUGAGGUGUGGAUCUGGUCCAAAGCCAAGUUUAUCAACAGGAAAUUCCUGAUGGAGGAACUUUACCAGCGUUUUCUAGAAGGAGAAGACAGCUGUGUGGCUCAGGAGGAUGACCCUUUCUGGGAUCCUGUCGAGGUCAUCCACUUGGGUUCGGCCCACAUCUGGCUCCAGUCGCUGGCCUACUGCAUGCAGUUUGAGGAUCAGGUGGAGUUUCUGAACAGUGAUGGGCUGGAGGAGGCAGUGCUGCACAUCCACAUCACGCCUUGCUCCCCAACAGGACGGGCACAUAGCGAGGAGGAGGUGGUCAUUGACCCUCUGGAGCUUCUGGGCAAGAGGAUUGAUUUCCAGAUUCACAUUGUCCGCUGCCUUGGCAUCAAGUGGCUAAAGGAAGCUGCAAGGCGGGGCAUUCAGAUGGGUUACAGAAUUUAUGACCUCCCAAUCACUUUAUAUACUAAGCCUGUAUGGAAAACUGUGAAUCCUCAAAUUGAAGAGACGGUCCAAUUUGCAGCCUUCAGUGCAUCUCAGGAGUUUCUGAAUUAUUUACAGACAAAUGCUCUCAUAGUUGAUUUGUGGGGCCUUCAAGAAGGCUGUGCUGAGCUGAGCUGCUCUCGGCUGGACCUCAUGGUUACAGGUGAAGGUCACAUCAUGCUAGACACCAAGAAAAUUCCCAGUGUGAAGGACACAGGCCAGACUGCAUCAAAUCUGACAUCAGAACUUUACCUGAAGGUGCUCAAGUCAGAGCAGGAGAUGGAACUGCUCCGAAACAUAAACAGAACCCUGAGAGAGGAAAAUAUGACUCUCAAGGAAUCACUGGAGAAAUUUGGUUGCAGUCAGCAAGCCCAUAAGCCUUCCAAUAUCCUGAAAAUAACUCAGAUGACGGCACCAAUGCCAUCAGCCGCAGAGAUUAAUCAAAUAUGCACUCAGCAAGCCAGCUGUGACAAAGAGUUUGCCAAAGCUCUGAAGGUGUUCUACCAAAGCAUGAACUUGGCAAGAGCGCAGUUUCUCAGAGUGAGACAGCACAAGCCUCCGGAAGAUGAUCAAAUGCUUCGGCCAUUCAUACACCAACAAUCACAGAUGUUAAAGGACUUUGGGGACCUGCUUGAAUCCAGCCUGUGGAAACUGAAAAAUGACAUUGCUCUCAUAGUGAAAAAGAAGAGAGAAUAUUUACUGCGCAUCAAACAAUGAGCACACACCAAGUAAAACCUGCCAACACUUGACCUCUGAGUGGUGAAGACCAUUUGUGUAGAUAAUGGGGCUUAAUUCACCUGCUUAACCUAGUCCUUCCAUUUUUAAUACAAACAACACUGCUACAUUGGUAGAAAAAUCAGCUCACAUGCAGGAUGAAGGUAAAAUGUGAAGCUAACAGACUGAGCUCUGGGAUCAGAGCCAGGGCUAAAUCCUGGUAAACUACAUCGUUUAUCAAUUUGAGUGGGGUAACUGAUUCUCCCUCUCUAAGCCUAUCUUUUCUCAUCAUUAAAUGGGUAUCAGUAUCUACCGCAGUUAAUAAAUACACAGCAAAGCCUUAGCUCAUUAACGCUUCUGUUUGCAAGGAUUUGAUUCAUGAACAACAGUGACAAAAUUUUGCUUCCAUUUGCAAACUCUGCACUGGGUAACAAACACGACCACAGCCAUCUUCCCCACACAAACUUGAAUGUGGCCAUCUUCUCCAGAAUUGUGGAACAAAUUCAGUUUGUGAACCAAGGCACCACUGUACAGCAACCUUGCACACUGUAAGCAUUUACCAUUAAAAUUCAGUUGCAGUGCUGUGGCUGUCUCGAUGUCCUGAACCAACUCAAAAUGUUUACCUUUCAUGGUUGACUUUGAGGAAAAGCCAGAAGUCACAUGGUAAACAAGGGGAUGAAGAUACACCAGUGUUUUCACAAGCCUGCCAUUCCUUACACAGCCCUUAGCACUAGGACUCCCUGUACUUUUCAUACUAUAGAGAAAAGAAAGUGGGCGUCCAGAAGUGCUUCAGAAAGUGCCAAGAAUGAUGGGAGAAGUGUCUGAAGCGAGAGGGAGCAUUCUGAGGGGCAUUAAUGACAAUGUGUCUGUCAGUGUGAUGCGUCUUUUUUAAAAUACAAACAUUCACCACAUACACACAAUACUAUCCAGCCUUAAAAAAACAACAGGAUGUUCUGUAAUUUGCAAAAACAU